GGAACUUUUAUAAAGGCUCCUUGAUGGAAAGAUACACUGUGGAGGCUUUUGAAAGUUGAAAAUAGAAUAAAAAUUUAUUUUCUUAAAAACAGGCAAAUAAUUACUUCAGAGAGGUUCAUAAGCGUAAUCGGUUACAAACGUUAUUCAGCUUAACUUAGUUGUAUGUUUCAGGUUACUUCACUUAGUUUCAAACAGUUCCAACCAACCUAUCGAACUAUUGGUCACAAAAACCCUCGCUCUAUUUGCUGAGAAUAGUCACGAGUUCCCCUGGGUUGUUAAUUAACUCUAACCUAGAGUCCUUCUAUUAACCAGCCUAGUAGUGAGAGUCAAUCACUUGAGUUAUCUUCCCCCCCAAGAGAUCCAAACUGCCUGACCUAGCCUGUCAGUUUCCACAGCUUUCAGUUCUCUCUCACACACACCCUCCAAACUGCUUUUUUCUCUCCAAACCCCAAAACAGAACUGCUCUCUUCAAACCCUAAAACAGAACUACCUGGAGCUCUUUUUUUCCUCUGCACUCUAAGAUUUGGCUCCUCCCAUCUGCUCUGGCUGGCCAAUCCUAGGAGUCUCUCUCUAAGCUCCUCUCCCUUUCUAACCACAUCCAAGAUGGCUGCCUGGCAUUCCUCUACAAAAUGGAGGUUGCCUCACUCACUGUUACCCAGGCUUCAUUCCAGGCCUAAUAGACCUUCAGAGCCACAAGGAACGUGCGUGGAGGAGCCCUCUCCCCAGAUGCAGAUCAUCGAAGUGAAGCCAGCGUCCAAGUUUCUGGGGAGAGAGAAGUUCCCCUUGGAGGCCAGCUGCCUUGAGGUGGAGCGGGGGAGCCUGACCUCUGAGAGUGCAGAGAGCAGCUUCCUCUCAGCGACAAUCCUAACUUCUCCAAAGAACAAACUACCCAGAGAGUUGGGUUCAAAAGAAGUUGGGAUCCCUUCGGAGAUCCUGGAGGAGGGGGCGGCCCAGGGCCUUGAUACAGAGAGUGUCUACGAGCCCCCUGAAAAGACAUCAAUGGAUGCCGAAGCGGCAACGCUGGCGGACAUCCCCAGCCUGGAGGAUGAGUGUGGGACCCCCUCCCCAGUUCAAGCAGCUCUGUAGGACCCGAGGAAGAAGAAGAUUCAGCCCUGCACCCACGGAGAUGCUCUUCCCUGGACCCAGAACAGUUACAGCUCAGAGUUCCCCUGGUGAAGCCUGGGACCACCACCAAGGAGGCAUCGCCAGCACCUUUCUCAGGAUGCAGAGAAAGGCCUACUCCAUCGACCUUCUAGGUGGCAGGUUUGUCCAAAGAUGUCCAGCCUUCAGGUAGGCUGCUCUUCUCAGCUCCCGUCAUUACCCAGUGGUCUCUUUGGCCACUAGAAAGGUAUGUAGGGACCCAAAUACCCAGUUCCUUCCAGCAAGCAUCAUACACACAUUCACCUGCCACUGCUCUCCCUCCACUUUUGGCCCAGGAGGCUUUCCAUGGCUGCCAGGUACCAUUGUUUCCCUGUUUUUUCUUGACAGGCAAAACAACACCUGCACCAUCUUUGCCAGCUGGUCUGCAGUUCCUCCUCUGCAGAUGUCACACAGGCAGUGGAUUACGCGGCCCGCAAGAUGGCCACAGACUACUUUCUGGAGUCUGAC